AUGGGAUCUUGUUCUUGCACAGAAGAAAAAGAUAAAAUAUUUCAUAUUGAUGAUCUAAAAGGCAUAGAUAAAUAUUAUCCGUUAAUGUCGAAACGAAAAGCUGAAAUAUUCAAAUGGUUAAUGUCAAGUGAUGGACCAUGGGAUACGCCGAGUUCAUUUGAUAAAUAUCGAACUGAAUUUGUAUCAACGGCAAAAAAUGGUCCCGUUCAGGUGACAAACGCUGAUGAAAUGUAUUUACGUGUGCAGCAGCAUAGGACAAUGAACAAAUUUAGUUCAACGAAUUUUCGAUGGAAUUCGUUACUCGUUGUAGAUUCAGACCAUAAAGACGUGAAAUUGAGUCCGAUGAUAUCUCAAGAGAGAAUGUCGGAGAUGAGUUCUGAUUUAACAUCAAAUGAUAACAUUAGAUAA